GACAGACCAGGUUAGACGCAUGCGCAGUGCAGGAAGUAAAACUGAUGAGUUUGAGACUGUUGGAGAUAUGGCGAUUAAGACUAGCGUAGAAUGUUGAGGACAUUCGCAUCAACUAAAAAUGAUUUGAAAUAGUGAAAUGUCUUAAUGAAGAGCGACUGGUUUAAACAAAACAAAGAAUACGUUUUUCUAAAGCGUUUACUAAAGGAAUUUAAAUGUGCUCAAGUGUUACCGCUUAUUCACCGGUUUGUACGACUUUACUGGGAACUUGAAGGCAGCGCCUUAAGGAACCGGAAAUUAAUAGCCGCGCUGGGCAGAAACAUCCCUCCGUGCACACGAUCUUGUUCUGCCUAAUCGCCAUCGCCGGAGCCCCGGGCCUCUAGUCGCCACCAUGGACAAACUAGAGGAGGACCUGACGUGCUCCGUGUGCUACGCUCUGUUCUCUGACCCGCGUGUGCUGCCGUGCUCUCACACCUUCUGUAAGGCCUGCCUGGACAACCUGCUCCGGCUGUCCACCAACUACUCCAUCUGGCGUCCGCUGCGGCUGCCGCUCAAGUGCCCCAACUGCCGCAGCGUGGUCGAGCUGCCCCCGAUGGGCGUGGACUCUCUGCCCACCAACGUGUCGCUGCGGGCCAUCGUCGAGAAAUACCAGAGCGACGGCGCGCCGCCACAGCCUUCCUGCCAGGAGCACCACAGGCAGCCUCUGAACAUGUACUGCGUCCAGGAUCGGCAGCUGAUCUGCGGGCUGUGUCUGACUGUCGGGCAGCACCAGGGCCACCCCAUAGACGACCUCCAGGCAGCUUUCAUCAGGGAGAAACAGACGCCAUCGCAACUGCUGGCCAGACUCUCUGAGCAGAGAUGGGCACAGGUGUGUGAGCUGGGGGAGCAGCUGGAGCAGGAGAAGGCGCGCUGCGAGGGUCUGGUGAGGCAGGACCGGCAGGAGGUCAAUCAGUUCUUCCAGACGCUGGAGGCGGUGCUGGCCAGGAAGAGACACGCCUACCUGGAGGCCCUGGAGAAAGCUGGCGCCGAGGUGUCCGGGGCUUACGACCCGCUCAUACGCAGAGUGAAGGCCCUGCAGGAAGAGCAGUUGGACCUGGUGUCCUUGGGUUCGUCCGUAGAGGAGGAGGACUCCCCGCUGGUCUUCCUGGAGCAGGUUCACAUGUUCAGAGAGAGGGUGGAGGAGUUCAUUAAAGCCCCGCUGCCCUCGGUGAUAAACCUCUCCGUCACGCCGCGUGCAGCGGAGCACCUGCAGCAGCACUGGCCCGCCGUAACCAUCGGGAGCCUGGAGGAGGCGCCCGUCCCGAAGGUGUGCUGCUGCUCCCGAUGCGGCGCCGCGGAGGCCUGUGCACCAGCCGACGGCGAGGGGAGGGAUCGGAUCGACGGCCGGGCGCAGCACCGGCUGCGUGAGCUUCUGUUGCCGCUGGGGCUGCUGCUGCUGUUGCUGCUGGCAGCGGCGGCGUGGGCGGAGCCGGUCGGAUUCCCGCUGCUCUCCCAGUCGAGUCAGCUGGUCCACGGGCUGAGCAGCGAGCUGAUGACGUCGGUCUGUGAGACGGCGGGGUCGGCGUACGCGGUGCUGCAAGUCGCCGUCGAUGGGUGGAGCUCUCGCCUCUGCUCAGUGGGCGAGGAGCUGGACGCCUUAUUUAAAAGUCUGACGUCUCACUGAAACUGGAACCCGCAGCUGACAAAGCUUUACUUCUACACUCCCGCAGUAAAGGGAGAAAUGCAUCGGAAAGUAGCUUUUUAAAACCGCUGACAUUAUCCACAUGAAAAAUGUAUGUUUGUUUGUUGUCUUCCUGUUAAACAGAGCACAAACUAAGCAAAUUUUAAAAUGCAGAUCUGAAUUUUUCUCUUAAGACUUCAAACAUAACAUCAGAGGAGACUCUCUCGAAUGUAGAGAAUCCUCAAAUAUGUAGAUACAAAUGUAGCCGUACAUCCAUCUUUCAUCUUUGGUGUACAAAAACGUUUUAAACUCCUGAGUCACCUUUCCCAUGAUGCAGUGGGACAUGUAUUUUAACGAAGAUGGGGGCAGCGUGUGGAAGCAGAUACACGGCUCAGAGUGGCCACCUCGCCCGACCUAGAACCCUAAUAGCCUGAAGGCAGUAUACUGCAACUCCCCCAGGACCAUAAUGGGAGCCCCCCCCUUAAAUAUCAUGUACAAGUAUUACAUAUUCUGCUGCAAAAAGAUAAGACAUUGUGUUGCCCCUCUGUAUUUUCUAAACUUUUUCUAUUACUGGUAUUUUAAAAACAUAAACUUGUUCAAAUGCUUUUA